GAUGGUGCUGAUGGGACGGCAGCUGAUGGUGAUGAUGCUGAUGGUGCUGAUGCUGAUGGUGACUCUCUCGGCUGUCUGGUGGGAUUUCGGUUCUGAAAAAACUGCAGGAGAAUUUCGUCAGACACAGCUACUAACAACGGGUGUGAAAACAGACGUAAUAAAUCCACAUCCAUACCGCUUCACCACAGCGGGUCAGGAUGUCUGUGAACAUGCCGGAAGUGACGUUUUCCUUGUCAUCAUUGUCCACACUGCGCAUGCUCACGUGACCCACCGACAGGCGAUUCGCGCGACCUGGGGGAACGACUCAAAUAUACCUGGGCUCAAGAUCAAGACACUGUUUGCCCUGGGAACGACAGAUGAUAAAACACUACAACAUGCGGUAGAAAGGGAAAACACCAAGCACGGAGAUAUAAUUCAAGAAAACUUCCACGAUUCGUACAAAAAUCUCACCCUCAAGACUGUGAUGACCCUGAAAUCGUUCUUGAGUUUUUGUCCGAAGGCGGCCUUCCUGAUGAAAACUGAUGACGACACCUAUGUGAACGUCCGUAACUUAGUGAAGACACUGAGAAAGUUGGAAGGGAAGCCUCGAUUGGUUACUGGUUUCGUCAUCAAAGGGGCAGAGCCAAGACGUGACGUCAACAGCAAAUGGUACCUGUCACCCCGUACCUAUCCGAAACAUACACUCCCAUGGUACGUUGCGGGAGGGACAGGGUACGUCAUAUCGUCAGAUUUGGUCCCACGUCUGUACGAAACGUCCCUCCGUACCGCCGCCGUGCCUCUAGAGGAUGUGUACAUCGGGAUGUGUCUGGAAAAACUCGGGAUCACACCUGUACAGAAUAAACAGUUCCACUGCUGCGACAAACUGACCUAUGACCCUUGUGUGUACAAGAACCUGAUGACGUCACACGGUAUAACUGUGGAUGAGAUGUACACUAUAUGGGAGGGUGAACAGGCAGUCAUAAACAACUGUGGGAUCUACCAUGGCUGGAUAGUUCCUGCUAUUAACUACCUGCUCUAUACGUAGCACUUCGGUACUCUCCAAGCAGAGGUUUGGGUUUGGGGUUAUUUCUAGCUUGUUUUUAGG